AUGCUGUUGGUGAUAAUAUGCCUUCCUCAAGUCAUAUGCCAUGAUGCUAAAUGCACCAUCCACAACCAUAGUAUUAAACACAAGUCUCACCAUUCAGGUGAAGUCAUCAUUGGUGGCAUUAUUUCUGUGAUCUACAUGUUAUCUAACCUGAUCACCUUUAAAAGAAUUCCACCAGAAGAACUUCUUGAUGAUCCCAUUUUGUUUCUACAGAACUACCUGCAUAUCUUGUCCUUGAUCUUUGCUGUAAAGGAGAUCAACAAAACUCCUAAGAUCCUGCCAAACAUCACUCUGGGCUUUGGCAUAUCUAACAGCUAUUUCAUGGCUACGUGGACCUACCUUGCUUCUAUGGAGCUUCUGUCUUCACAUAGCAGAUUUGUUCCCAACUACAAAUGCAGCACCAACGAAAACACAGUAUGUGUUAUUGCAGGACCCAAUUCUCAUAUCUCUCAGGUUAUGGCAGACAUCCUGAGCAUUUACAAGAUUCCACAGCUCACAUAUGGCUCAGCUCCAGUGAUGGAUAACAUGAUUCAUUCAGCUUUCUUUCAUCAGAUGUUUCCAAAUGAACAUCUUCAAAUUAUGGGGAUCCUCCAGCUGCUGCUGCAUUUUAGGUGGACCUGGAUUGGGGUGAUUUGUCAAGGAAAUGAAAUUGGUGAAAGAUUUCUGCGGGAAGUCCUUAUCAUGUUUUCCCAAAAUGGAAUCUGCUUGGAUUAUACUGAAGAGCUUCUGCUCGAAGCUUUUUCAAAUGAGCUGGGAGAAAAAAUCGAUAAUUUUCUCAAAGUAUACAAAAUCAUUAUGACAGGUACUUCCAGUGUUGUGAUCGUAUAUUGUGAAAACCAGGUCAUGACUCUUUUCAGAAUGAUGUCCUCUGUUUCAGAAGAUUUCAACAUAGCAGUUGAGAGAAAAGAUAAAGUUUGGAUUUUUCCAGCCCAGAUGGAAUACGCUUCAAUUCCAUUUCAAAGAGACAGGAGCAUGGAGUUCAUCCAUGGUGCUCUUUCUUUUGCAGUUUCGUCAAAAGAAUUAUUAGGAUUCAAUACAUUUCUUCGGAUGAGAAAUGGUGUUCCAAAAAAGGAAGACAGUUUUUCAAGGGUCUUCUGGGAACAAGCCUUUGAAUGUUCUUUCUCAAAAUCUACUUUAAACCCAAACUCAGAGAAAUGGUGCACUGGGGAAGAGAAGCUGGAGACUCUUCCAGAGUCUAUUUUUGAAUUGAGCAUGACCGGGCAAAGCUACAGUAUCUACAAUGCAGUCUAUGCUGUGGCACAUGCUCUGCAAGCUAUGCUUUCAUCCCACUCCAAACACACAACAAUGGCUGGUAGUGGGAAACAGAAGCUUCUCAAUCAACAAGUGUGGCAGACACAACCUCUUUCUUUGUGCAAUGACCAUUGCUCCUUGGGUUAUAGUAAGAUCAAAAUAGAAGGGAAGCCAUUUUGCUGUUACAAAUGUCUUCGUUGCCCCGAAGGGAAAAUUGCCAACCAGACAGAUCAAGAGGAGAGCAAAAUCUGCACUGGGGAAGAAGAACUAGACUCUCUUCCUGUAACUGUUUUUGAAACACAUCUGGCCGCUCACAGCUACAGCAUCUAUAAUGCUGUCUAUGCUGUAGCUCACGCUCUGCAUGACGUGCAUUCAACCAUGUCCUUGCACAGAGCAAGAGCACAGGGAGGAAUAUGGAAACUGCUGAAUCAGUCACUCUGGCAGUUCCACCGCUAUCUGAGAAGCGUUUCAUUUAACAACUCUGCUGGUGAAAAGCUUUCUUUUGAUGAAAAUGGUUCAAUAAUAGCAGGAUUUGACAUUUUAAAUUGGGUCACUUUCCCAAACCAAUCCUUUCGGAGAGUAAGAGUUGGCAAAAUAGAGCCCCCGGCUUUUUCGUUAAGAAUGUUAAACAUUCAUGGAGAUAAUAUUGAAUGGCCAAGUAGAUUCAACCAGGUACGAACUGAACUCAGUUUGUGA